ACAGAUGGCACAGCCGUGGACAUCUUCUCCUUCGGGAUGUGUGCGCUGGAGAUGGCAGUGCUGGAGAUCCAAACCAACGGUGACACUCGAGUGUCCGAGGAGGCAAUCGCCAGAGCGCGGCACUCGCUGGACGAUCCCAACAUGAGGGAGUUCAUCCUGUCCUGCCUGACCCUGAAUCCGGAGAAGCGUCCAACAGCCAACAACCUCCUCUUCCACCGCGUCCUCUUUGAGGUCCAUUCCCUGAAGCUCCUGGCAGCUCAUUGCUUCAUCAACAACCAGUACCUGAUGCCAGAGAAUGUGGUGGAGGAGAAGAUCAAGGAGCUGGACCUGAACAUGGUGAUGGCAGAGAUCCGGAGGGAAGGGCGGCCUGGGGCGCAGUGGAGGUACUCCGAGGUGUCCUUCCUUGAGCUCGACAAGUUCUUGGAGGAUGUCAGGAAUGGGAUCUACCCACUGAUGAACUUCGCGGUGUCCAGGCCCCACGCGCUGCCCCGAGCUCUGUCCCAGCCCCAGGAGGACACUCAGAAGGCCAAGACUCCAACCCCAGAGCCCUUUGAUGUGGAGACCAGGAAGGUGGUGCAGAUGCAAUGCAACAUGGAGCUCAACGAGGACAAGUCCCAGUGGCAUCUGACUCUGCUGCUGAUCCUGGAGGACAAACU